AUGCUAAUACAUCAGCUCAUUGUCCAUUUUCUUAUGGCACUGACAAAAUUUCUUAUGGCGGUCUUCACCAGUGGCUUCAUCGUGGUGGUGAAUCUGGUGGACUUCAUCAGGCAGAGACAAAUGGCUCCUCUGGAUCUGCUCAUUUCCUGCCUGGGGACUUCAAGGAUUACUCUGCAGGUGCUCGUCUUCCUUGCACAUCUGGCUCAUCUCUCCUUCAUGAAAGAGUCGAUACUCGCUGAGCUUAGUACAAGUUUUAUGUUUGUAAGCACCUUGAAGGUUUGGUUGGCCACGUGGCUUGGCGUUUUCUACUGUGCCAAGAUUGCCACCAUCCAGAACCCCCUGUUGUUCUGGCUGAAGCUGAGGAUUUCCAAGUUGGUUCCGUGGCUGAUUCUGGAGUCUGUGCUGUAUGCAUCCAUCAGUACUGGCAUCUUUGCAAAACAUGCACGGACUAUUAUCGAAAAUGCUUUGAUCAACUUUUUCUCCAAAAAUGCAACUCAAACCAAAGGAAUAGACAUUGUAUCACUUUCUCUUUUGGCUUUUCAUCUGACAGUGCCAUUAAUUAUCUUCCUCAUUGCUGCUCUGCUCUUGAUUUUCUCCCUGGGGAGACAUGCCCAGCAGAUGAGAACCAUUGAUAUGGGAAUCCAGGACCCCCGCAGGGGUGCUCCCAUCAGGGCAAUGCUGUCCAUCUUGUCCUUUCUACUGCUCUACUUCUUCCACUACAUGGUGGCCAUAUUGUUCGCUUUUCAAGCAUUGCAGUUUGGAAGCUUCCUCUUUGAGUUCUGCAUCUUCGUGGCUGGCACCUACCCCUCUAUACACUCUGUCAUCUUAAUUGUAGGAAAUCCUACACUGAAAGAAAACGCAAAGAAGUUCCUGCUCUGUGGUCAGUGCGGUCAGUGA